GAAGAAAAAGCCUUUGCAAUUUAAAAAGUUAAAAAGUCAAAUUUAUCAACCCCUCUCUUAGGAUAAUGAGAGCAUAAGACCUUCAAGGCUGGGAACUUGAAAGCAUCUAAACUAAUUUACUAAUUGUUUAGUUAAUCUGUCGACAGGGACUGAAAGUUGCAUUUUUUUGGUUAACUUAAUGUGAAAACGAGAAGUCGAAAACAAGGGGCAGAAUGAAUGGACGAUUCUCAGUUCACUAACUUCUUUUCUUGGAAUUUAUACUCUUGAAGUUUGCAUCCACUUCUCUCGCCCACGCAAUGAAAUCACCAGGACCACUCUCCUAAGAUAUCUCUCCGAUGGCAUCCAAGAGAAUUCUCAAGGAGCUCAAGGAAUUGCAGAGAGACCCUCCAACUUCGUGCAGUGCAGGUCCUGUGGCAGAAGAUAUGUUCCACUGGCAAGCAACGAUAAUCGGCCCGAGUGACAGCCCUUACUGCGGUGGGGUUUUCCUUGUCACCAUCCAUUUCCCUCCAGACUACCCUUUCAAGCCUCCGAAGGUUGCCUUUCGUACCAAAGUUUUCCAUCCGAACAUAAACAGCAGUGGGAAUAUCUGCUUAGAUAUCCUUAAGGAGCAGUGGAGUCCCGCACUCACCAUUUCCAAGGUUUUGCUUUCGAUAUGUUCCCUGCUUACGGACCCAAAUCCUGACGAUCCACUUGUUACUGAGAUUGCUCACAUAUACAAGAGUGACAGAAUGAAGUACGAGACCAUGGCCCGUAGCUGGACUCACAAGUACGCAAUGGGCUGACCCACCACCCACAUGUCCUGACACAGCUUGUUUUAGCGUUGGACAGAUUGCCAAGAACAUCUCCGAACUCAUGUCUCGGAUAAAUCCGAAUAAAUUCAAUAAAAUAAAAUUGGCUUUAGUAUCGACCCAUCGGUCUCGUUUUGGCAAUGGCUUAAGGAUAUUGAUCUUUGAGUACAAAAGUUGUGUUCUUUCCACGUAAACGAUGUUACCUUAAAGAUAUGGAU